UAUGUCACAGGUUGUUUAACCACUGUGUAGCAGAAGAAAAACAAGAGAAAUUAUAGUCACGUCACAUUCAGAUAACUUCCUCCUGCUGCAGCAGGUUGCAUGUUGAGAAUGUUGGACUGGAAAGCACCAAAUAUCUUACAUGCAGACUGCAACUCAAUCCAAAAGUGAUUCUCCACAGUCUACAGUAAAUUAAAUUGCAGUUUCAUCAUGACUUCUGUGAACACGUCAUGUUCCACUAACAUGACUGUCUGGAAACACACAACAAACCAGCUCUACACAUAUGUUUACCUGAUUAUAUUCAUCCCAGGCCUGCUGUGCAACACCCUGGCUCUUUGGGUGCUCUGUCGAUUCAUAAGCAAAAAGACCAAAGCCGUCAUCUUCAUGAUUAAUCUGACCAUAGCUGAUCUGGCUCAUGUGCUGUCGCUGCCGCUUCGAAUUCACUACUACUUCAAAGAUGAAUGGCCUUUCGGCAGCGGGUUAUGCAUGCUAUGUUUUUACCUCAAGUACCUUAACAUGUACGCUAGCAUCGUCUUUCUGGUGUGCAUCAGCCUCCAGCGCUGUGCGUUCCUCCUGCGGCCGUUCUGUGCCAGGAACUGGAAGAGACGCUAUGACAUCUGCAUCAGCGCCGCGGUCUGGCUGGUGGUUGGGCUCUGCUGCUCGCCCUUCAUUUUAAUGAGGAGAAAAUCAAAUUCGGGAAAUAACACCACAACCUGCUUCAAAGACCUUCCGAUGCGUCAGCUGGGUUUAACCUCGGCCAUUUCCAUGAUGGUUGGUGCUGAGCUCUUGGGAUUUCUUGGUCCGUUAAUAGUGAUUGGUGUCUGUACUUAUUUAAUCGUGAAAUCCAUGCGACGGCGGAACCAAAAGCAGCAGUCCACGGGCAGCACGAGAAAGGCCUUGCGCAUGGUUAGAGUGUGCACAGGGGUCUUCCUCUUCUGUUUCGCCCCUUACCACAUCAACUUCCUGCUGUACCUGAUGGUGACCCAGAACAUUAUAACAAACUGUGAAGCGGGUCAGGCCAUCAAAAUCUUCCACCCCAUCUCUCUUUGCAUCGCGAGCCUCAACUGCUGCCUCAACCCUCUCAUCUACUACUUCCUGACCACAGAGUUCAAGCAGCAGCUGUCUCAGCACGGCAGCUCUGUGCUCCGGGGCCGUCUGAUGAGCACCGAGAGCACCUCUUCCUUUAGGGACUGAUCAGGGUCCACCAACAUUUUCACCAUUGAAGCCAUUUAUUUGACUUCAGUGUAAAAACAUGGACAUUUAGGGAGCAAAUUAUGCUUUCAGACAGUGUACAAACUGAUGUCUAUGCAUUAUGUACUAUAGCUUGAACAAAAAGAUAUGAAGCUUACAAACUGAAAUGUUAUGUCCAGCAAGUAUUGUUUUGACCAAAAUCACAGCCUUUCACGGCAUGGGUUAAGUAUUUUAAGUUUAACAAUGACAGUCAUCAAAGACUAAUUUAAAUGGGAGAAAAAUGUUAUUUACGACUGACUGCAUGACAGAGAUAUUUUUGUUAAUGCAGACGCAGAAUGAGCUGAUAGUGUCUCUCUCACUAGACCGAUAGAAGUGAAAAUGCUAAACUCAGCUGAGCUUUAGUUGAACUGACCAGGCCAGCUAAACACCACAUCCUAUAUUCACAAAACAUCUUACCACUGAGAGUUCUCCUAAAUAGCAGUAAGAGCUUUUAAGAGUUUAAAGUUUCCCCUUAAAUCCUAUUCACAAAGCUUUUGAGACUAACUUUUGCUAAGGAAUAGACAGAAUUUUUACCCUGUGUCCCAGUGCGCACCAUUAAAGUAUGUACUUUCUUGGUAAAGAAAAAGUUCACACUUUUAAGUGUGUAGUAGGAGAGUAGGCAAGUUUUGGGACAUACUAUCACAUCACACAACUGUGUGUUUGAAGGACGCUCCCUGUCACUUUAACCUGGCCUGUCAAUCAUCUUGUCACAGUUAACAUCCCUCGCAUUUCAUUUAACUUCCUACUGUACUGGAGAGAAAAGAAGUAGCUCGUUGAUCUGCCAGUCGUGGGUCUUUAUGCAGAGAACUUUUCUCAUAUUUUCUGCACAAUGAUGCAUUUAAAAGUUAACAACCAAAUGGAUGUUUAUAAAAGUUCACAUUGCUGUUGCAGAUGAAAUAUAAAAUGGAUAACAAUAAAUACAUAUUUUUUACCAGAUUAAAUUUUGAUUAUCAGUAACUCAAAGCCCUUUUUUGUAAACCUCUCUACAGAGCCAUCGAUCGCGCACAUCUGCUACAUGUUGUAGUUUUUCUAAUGCAUUUUAUUAUUGUUUAUAUUGUAGCUCAGUGGUAGAGCAUUGUGUUUGCAGCGCAAAAGGUUGUUGGUUCAAUUCCCAGGGAACACACAUACUGGCUAAAAAAAAUGUGUAGCCUGAUAUACACUGUAAGUUGCUUAUGGUAAAUACAUAAAUGUAAAUGGAUACAUCAAAAAUUGACCUGAAAUAGUAGACCAUCUGGGGACUUUUGGCUAAGUCUUUUCAACAUAUCAUGCUUUGGGACACAUAAUCUCACAUACUAUUUAGGAUGGAUAGUGUUAACAUUGAGACACAGGGUUAAGCUCAGAGUGGGGAAGGGGGCGGGGUUGACCGCGUUGCUAUGGAUGAUGUCAGCAUGCUUAUUAACUAUGCACACAUUGAUUGGCUGAUUGUCUCUGUCAGAGAUUUAUUCAUAGAUAUUAUAAUAAUAGGUAAUUUUAUUUAUUUGAAAAUGCAGACUACGUGUCACUAAUUAAACAAGUGUAUGUUCAGCUAAUUGUCAGCCUCUGCCUCUUACACGUGUGCUUCUCAAAAAUAAUUAUUAGAUAUUCAUAUAAACAGCCUUUUAAUUAACAGAGUAGAAUAAUCCUGGCUGAUAGUAAGACAUGCAAACAUUAAAGAAAACCAAACUGGACACAAGAACAGCUGUUACCUAUUGCCCAGCUGUUAAUUAAAAAAGGAUUUAAUCAAAGAAGAAUCUGUAGUUGGGAUAACCUCCAAAACCAAAAAGCUGCAUGAGAAGAUAUAUGUGUGCAAAUAAAUGCAAUGUGUUUCUCAAAUGUUUACGUUGCGAGGCAGAUUUCUGGAAACAGCUAGUUUAGGAUGGUUUGUGGUUUGGUCUUAGUGACUCAGGACUCCUCUUCACUUUCCUAACCUUUCACAGAUUCAGGAGCUAGAUUUAGUGUUAAAACACUGUGUAAAAUACUCUUGGAGCAAAAAUGUUGAAGUCCUACAUUUGGGACAGACACGCCCAUUAUUUUUAUGAUUUUCUCCUAAAUCUGUGAGUUAUGAGCUACUUUUAGCCUGAAGAUGUUUUGUGAGUACGGGCCCAGGUCUAGAAUGGGAUUAAACGGAAAAAGAAAUCAAAUUCCUAAGUCUGUGGAGAUCAGAGGCUAAAAUGGGACAAAUCCAAACUUCCAAGAACAACAUAAAAAUUGAGAUUCUGUUUUCAAACUGUUCAUGUGAAAAUGUUGUUUACUCUCACGUUUGCUUUUGCAAUAUUGUAUUAUACUCCGAACAAAUUAGGUUAAAUAUUAUGAAUGUUGAUAUGUUUAAUAAAUUAGAUUAAGUGUGUUUAGUGAUGCUCAGUUUAAUAUCUUUCAUUAUUUUUUUAAUAAAUAUUAAAAAAAAGAAAAAAAAAAGAAAAAGGUUUCAAUGUUUCUCCAUAAUUUACAUAAAUAACCUGAGAUGGAAUUGUUGCACAUAUUGAAUUAAUUUCUUGUUCAGUUCAGUUCAUAUGGACAAACAUAAAGCAGUCACAAAACAUUUCUGUUUUUGUGUUUCAUUAGGAGAAUAAAGUCAUGCUUGAGAAUAACAUUAAUUGUGAAUUUGUAGUGAACUAUCCAUAUCUCAGAGCCCCAAAACUACAAAUACUUUUACCUAAUCUUUUACUUAAACGGCAGUCAUUCAUUUGUAUACACUGUAUUGCAUAUUAUGUCAUAUAUAGAUUAUUUGUGAUUGACUCUAUAGGGUAGAGUGGGAGAAAAACACCCCUCUGCUGUUUUUCCAAAAACAUCCACUAGAUGAAGUCAAGGUAAACUGUUAUUGUAUCUAUGGACUGCAUUGACAGGAGUGAUGUAGAAGUAUUCACUGUGAAGCUCACAGGGAUUCAUGGUAAGUUAUCUAAUUAACAGCAGUAAGAAAACUCCCCCCCCCCCCCCCCCGAAAUGUUUACCAAUGUAAAGUUUAUCACAAAAAUAUCACAGUUAAAUAUUUGUUCAUACUUGGUUUAUAAAUUAUGCCAUUGUCACUAAAACUAUGAUAACUAUUCUGGACACAUUUCAAUUUGUUUCACUGAAGAAAAUUACACAGUCCUUAAGUGGGGUCUUUUCCCCACUCUACUCUAUGUCUUUUGAAAUGUAUAGUUUAUGUUGUUUCUCUUUCUAAUAUUUAAAAAAAUAAAAUAAACAUGGACUUAUGAUCAUUUGUUCAUUUGCUUAUCCAGUUAGUUUUUAAAGAAGCUAUGAAAUGCAUAUUUACACAUAAGAAGUUACUCUACAAUAAUAUGGAAUAACAUACAAAAACAUAACAUAUUAAUAUUGGAUGAUUUCAUGUGCACACUCUUCCAUGUCAAAUGUGUUGUUAGAUCUGGUUAGAUCAACUCUAGUGAUGUCCGAUUUGUGAACGAAUCGUUCAAUUGAACCGGUUCUUCUUAGUGAACCGGUUGAACCAGUUCACCAAAUCGAACUGAAUCGUUUGAAAUGGUUUGUAUCAUUAAUCCACAAAUUACUUAAGAUGUAAACUAUUUUAACGUGACUGACACUCCCUCUGAGUCAGAAUAAACCAAUAUCCUGGAGUAAUUCAUGUACUCAAACAGUUCACUGACUGAACUGAUGUGAAGAGAGAACUGAAGAUGAACACCGAGCCGAGCCAGAUAAUGAACGAACACGCCCACUGCUGGAGCAGUUCUCGUUCUCGAGUCAAGAACCGGUUGCACUCUUAUUUUUGUUUCUUUCGGACUCGUCCGAUUUGAUAACCGAUGAACUGAUGAUACUUCGCAUGCGUGUAAUUUUUCAAGUAUUUUGUUAGUGUGAUAAAAUAUCUAUUUUAUUUUAUUUUAUUUUAUGUAUUUAUUUAUUUAUUUUAAGAUGAAUGUUUCUAAUCUGUAUAUUGUAGAUAAUGUAUAGGCCAAAAGGGGUUUUCAGGGAAGUUGGAUAAUAAUUAAGACUCUAAAGACUCUAUGUUUAAUAGGAAUAAGGGAUGAUUUAUGAAAUAUCUGUACUGUAUUUAUAGGUAAUGAUGACACAUUCACAAAUUGAGUUUGUAGUAAACAGAAAAUGAACACGAGUAGAGCAGCUGAUGAUACUGAACUGCAGCACGUGCUGGUUAGAGCGAUUCUCGUUCUCGAGUCAAGAACCGGUUGCAUCGGUUUUCGGAUCAUCAGUACACUAAAUUGCUUUAGGCUUUAUUAUAAGCCUUUACUUUGAAAUUACUGUCUUGAUUUUUACUGUUUUACUGUACUCUCUCUCUCUCUCUCUCUCUCACACACACACACACACACACACAUAUAUAUAUGCUAGCCUACUUACGUUUUUAUUUGCCAUGCUGUUAAUGUUGUUCAAGGUAUUUGAUAGGAAAUGAACAAUGACACAACAUGAUUCUGAAAGUGCUGUAACUGUUUGUGUGAUCACUUUGUAGUAAGUUAUGACAGACCAAAAUCACUGCUGCAAAGUUGCAUUUUUCCAGUUGCCAAGCAGCCACAUUCACACAGCAGCAGAAUAUGGUUGUCAGUCCUGUAUUUGAGUCCUUAACAAAGUUACCUUCACCCCACAUAGCAAAUGGACUUGGCCCACAUGUGUCCUCAAGCUGACACUGCUGGCCUCCUGUCGGCAAUGGCAUGUACCCUUUCAGCCAGAGCUGGGCCAUGUGUGGCAGUGACGGCACGGCGGGGAUCCGGCUAACAACAUGAGGGAUGAUUGUUGAUGGGAGGAGUAUGGCCCAGAUCAGUCAGGUGAUGCUUGGUGUGAGGAACAGAUCCAAAUUCAAACCUCAUUCAUUACCGACAGGACCGUUUCUAGCCUUUUUGGCACCCUAGGCGAGAUUUCUACCAACCCCCCACCCCCCCCCCCCCCCUACAAUAUAUAACUCUGGGUGGGGUGGGGGCUCUCACUGGCGCCCCCCAGCUGUUUGCGCCCUAGGCGACCGCCUAGUUUGCCUAUGCCUAGAAACGGCCCUGAUUGCCGAUAUGCAUCUCCUUCCUCUGUAGCUAUAGCAAUUAUUUACAAAUGUGCCAUUAAGAAGUUUUACAACAAGUUUUACGCCAAUGAUAUCAAACGCUCAUUGGUUCUCGUCGCUUUCAUCAUAAAUUGUGACAUAAUUUUUUCAGCAUUUAACAACUUAUAGUAUGCCUUGCUCCUCACACUACUAUUAUAUUCUGCCAGAGACAAAAUGAAUAGUGGCGAUUAUAGUAAUACACAAUGGAAUAAUAUCAAAUAUUAAGAUUCUGUAUUGGAUCUGGGCAAUAUAAGGCUCAGGUGUGGCUUGGAUUUGGGGAUUCUGGUUUACUUAAGGUUGAGAAUUGGCACCAAUAAUAAAACCUGUUUUGUCCCAGAUCAGGGCCAGCUAUGGCUGAUUGACUGGCUGAGAUUCGGGCCAGUUAUGGCCCAUGUGUGGCCCGAGUCUUUAAUCAAGCUUUGGGCCACUUCAGGGCCGUCAUUCUUUGAGGUACUUGGGCCGAGGGAAGAGUCAUUGUGUGGCCCGGAGCUGGGCCAGAAAACAUUUCUAUGUGGGACACAAUGCAGUUAUUUAUGGAGGUGACAGCUGCAUUUUAUGAUCUAACUCACACCCGACUAUUUUCAAGACUCACAACUGCAUUCUCUGACGUUUUCUGAUGUUUGAACGGGACAUUUCGAGACUGUAAAGGAAUGCGGUUGUCAAUCCCUAAAACUGACAGUGUGAACAUGGGCGUAGUUAAAGAGCCUCACAGAUGGGAAAUCAAAAAUGACCUGUAUUACAGUGUAUGAUGUAGCUGUCCAUCUGUUUAAACAAUGUGCAAAGUAAUUAAACCAAAAAGUACAAGUUUUACAAAGUUAUUGGCUUCUAAAGUAAGUAGUCGACUCUGAAUCGCUGAAACGAGUUGUUAUAGAUUUCAAAUCUUUUGCCCAUCUCUAUGUACGUCACUAGAACACUUUGCAUAAUAAUCUCCGCCUACCGUCUUGAGAGAAACUGACCUCUGACCUGCCCCACCCCCCCCACACACAGACACUCUGGUUGGUGUGAGAGCAUCAUGUCGAGGAGACUGUGUGUUUUUAAUUGUAAAGGCAAGUUUGUUUUAUUUUCACUGCCGAAGAAUGAAGAUCAGAAGAACCAAUGGCUAAAAUUAAUUUUUACCACAAUACCAGAGCAGUACAACAAAUCAUUGUUGUGUUCACAACAUUUCACUGAUGACUGCUUUUCUAAUCUCGGUGAGUACAGCAGGAUUUUCUAAGCGUUUGGCCAUAAAAGAGGGUUCAUUACCAACUUUAUUUAGACCAACAAGCAUCUCCGAAUCACAACAUGAAGUAUGAUUAUGAAGUUAUGUGUUUGUUUUCUCCCGAUCAUCUUAUCAGUAUGUGUGCUGUCUGCAGCCUGUCUGCGCUGAUCGUCAUGUACAAACACGUCAUUAAAAUGAAGUGUAACUCCGUGAAUACUCAACGAAGAGACAUGAGAGAGAUAUCUAUAGAAAGCUUGACAUGUCUACUUUAAAACUAAACAAGUGCUGCCGAAAACAGAUGUUCUGUGAUAAAGUAAUCCAUAUGAAAACAACGCGAUGUCUGUUUUUCACGUCUCCCUUCAUUAUAUCUAAUGUGACCACGCCCCCGCGCUGAACGCUAUUCAGAUUCAAACUGAAGCGCGCGGCUUGAAUACACCCACACAGAAGAAAAAGCAGCGAGACUGUUCAAGUUUUUUAUUUUACUGUUUGCUUCGCGGUGAGAGGAAUAAGACCUAAUUCACCCCAAAAAGAUGCUAACGCAUUGUUUACCGUGGAGGUGUGUGCGGAACAGGUCAGUUGACCAAUCAGAACACAGUAUGCUACCGAAAGGUGGGGUUUAAGGAAACUGAAUCUUUUGAACAGCUUCGCGCGAACCAUUUGGGGAUCUCUGAGAAUUGAGGUAAUUUUAAAAUGAUAUUUUGACAAAAUUAAAAUUUUUUUUUUAACCUUGGAUGGAUUUAAACCUAAUGUACAGGACUUAUAAACAGUGAUAGGAAGCUUAGAAUUUUCAUCUGACUGGCUCUUUAAUGUAUUGAUUACUUUCAUUUCUGACACUAUGGCAUUUUUAAACUGUGUCGUUGAUGUUAGUGUAUCUGUAAUGAGUAGUUCAGCCAUGAAACUCCUAAUAAAUAAAGCUUUUACUGUCCUUUCCGAGAGUUGUUAUGACUGAAAUAAGUGAAAGUGACAUACAGCCAAGUAUGUUGACCCAUACUCAAAAUUCGUGAUCUGCAUUUAACCCAUCCAAAGUACACACACAGCAGUGAACACGAACACAUGGAGCAGUGGGAAUCAUUUAUGCUGCGGCACCCAAGGAGCAGUUGGGGUUGGGUGCCUUGCUCAAGAGCACCUCAGUUGUGGUGUUGCCAACCCCUGGGAAUUGAACCAAAACCUUAGGGUUAGGAAUCAAACUCUCUAAACAUUAGGCCAUGACUUUCCAAACAUUAUCAUUGCACGAUCUAAUGUGUAGUGUCCUAUUAACUCAAUGUCAGUCACUCUGUACAAAUAUGCAUUUCUUCUCCCUCUUCCUGUUUUCUCCACUGCUGGGUCAAUAACACUUUAAAGUGCCUUUGAGACUUCACAAAUUCCAAAAAUAAAAAUAUGAGAUUUUUUAUUAAACUUCAUAUUUGUUGUAUUAAAGAGACUGUAGGCUCUUAGAAAUCCACAAUGGUCAAGCUCCUGCACUUUUUUUAAUAAAAUAACUGCCAUGGAAAAAUUCAAAUUUGAGUAUAUACAUUUUCAUUACAAAAAUCUCAGCUGGCGAAUUCUCUACUAUGUCAUUUAUUGGCAAGGCAAGGCAAGGCAAGGAAAGUUUAUAUAUAUAUAUAUAUAUAUAUUGCACAUUUCGUACACAAUGGUAAGUGCUUUACAUAAAAGAAAGUUAAAUAAUCAUGAAGAAAAAUAACAAAAAUAAAACAAGCAAUUUUAAAAUGAUUAAAACAUUUAAAAACAGUUAGAAAAUGAUUUGACAAAAAAAUAAUAUAAAAUAUAAAAAAUAUAGUGCAAUCAGUUCGGACAUUGCACAGUGCUCAUUCAAUAAAUGCACACCUAACAGAUGAGUUUUAAGUCUAGAUUUAAAUGUGACUAGUGUUUUAGCAAAUCUGAUCUCUUCUGGAAGCUGAUUCCAACUGCGGGCAGCAUAGUAACUAAAGGAGGACUCCCCUUGUUUUGUGUGAACCCUUGGUAUUUCUAACUGACUCGAUCCUAGUGAUCUGAGCGCUCUGUUAGGUUUAUAUUCAGUGAACAUAUCUGAAAUAUAUUUCGGUACUAGGUCAUUUAGUGACUUAUAUAUGAGUAAAAGUACUUUAAAAUCAAUCCUAAAUGUAACUGGAAGCCAGUGUAAGGACCUGAGGACUGGUGUGAUAUGCUCAGAUUUUCUGGUUCUAGUCAGAAUCCUGGCAGCAGCGUUCUGGAUGAGCUGCAGCUGUCUAAUGGUCUUUUUGGGAAGGCCGGUGAGGAGCCCAUUACAAUAGUCCACCCUGCUGGUGAUAAAGGCAUGAACAAGUUUCUCCAAGUCUUGACUGGAAACAAAACAUCUAAUUCUUGAAAUGUUUUUUUAAAUGAUAGUAUGCUGAUUUAGCUACUGCUCGUAAGUCAUGCACAAGAUGCCAUCUGUUUUAAUCUGGUUUGAUUACGGGCAUAAUUGGAGUGUUACAAUAACUAGUAGUUUCUAUUAAUACUCCUGCCUUCACUAAACAUUCAAUGAUGUUUUUUAAGCCUAUUUCCGCAUUAGUAUGCAAAGGGUAUUGUGGUUUUCUGGGUAGACGUGCAUCUGGUUUAAGUUGUACUCUCACUGGGUUUGCUGAUUUUAUCAGUCUGACAUCUGAAUCAUUUUGAGACCAUAAUUCAGUUGGUACCAGCCUCUCUACUUCCUUAAACAGUUCAGUAUCAGUAUUGUUUAUCAAUUCAGAUGUUAUAGUCAUCUGUGUCAGUUUCUUUUCACUGGUAACUACUUCCUGAGGAAUCCCCAUCAAACUGGUUGCGCACAAUUUUUUUUUAUGUAAUAUUUGUCAGCUGAAUGGUGUGUGGUCUUUCCCUCUGAUUCAAUUUGCAGAACAGGUUCUUGAACAGCUUUAGUUUUUUAAAUAGGAAACUCUCUCUCACCAAUAGGAUUCUCUGGGCACCCCUUAAUACCCUUUAUUUGGACCUCCCCGAGGGUUUACUGGACCCUGUAAUGGAUAACGGUAACUCUCCCCCUUCCACCUUUAGGUGCUGUUGCCAUGGAUUAACGGGACAGUCAUUCUUAUUAUGUCCAGGUUGUCCACAUCCCCAGCACACUCCUUGAGGACCAGUAUAAAGGCCCAUUCAUACCAGGCAUGAUAAGUAUAAAGAUAACGAUAAAGAUAUAGUUCUAAAAAUUGUUCUCAAUAUUAAAGAAUAGCAGAGUCCACACUACAACUAAAAAGAUAAAGGCAUAGAGAAAUGGUAUCACUGGAAUCAUUUUCAGAAUGAUUUUUUUACAGCUGAUGAAUGAUACAAACAUUGACAGCCAAUCAGAUGACAUUGUUCGCUGGUGUAGAUGCUAAUAUCAUUAUCAUUAUAGUUAUUGUUCUUGGUGUGAACGGGGCUUAAGGCUUGCCUCUUCCUCUCUGUCCUCUCUGCAAUGGUUUUAUUUUCCAUCCCAUUCCUAAUCUUUGCCAUUAGUGCUUUAAUAUCCCCUACAGCUAAACGUUUGCCCAUAGUUUCUUCUUCAAACACCUUAAUCCACUUCCCAGUUCCCUAAUGGAUGUCUGGGAUGCAAAUUACCAGCCUCUCAAGGUCCUGUGGGGCCCAAGGGAUAUACUGUCCCUGUGUACCCUUAAUUACAAUUGGGUAUAGGUUAUGGUUGUACAUAGGUAAUAGGUCAAAUAUGGUUGUACAGCCAGUGGUCUAAGUCUUCCUUUUUCUCUUCCUUGUCCCCAUGUACCUUAACAAAUGAUGACUCCUCCCCUUCACUCACUUACUCUGAGCUGUCUAAUGCUGCAUUCCAGGCAACCUUCUUUUUUCUUUGUCUGCCUGUUUCUUUAACCUGGCUUACACAUAACAUACUAAUAUACUUUUAAUAUCCAAAUCCAUUAAAGGAUUUUUAGGCUGCAUUAAUUAGGUAAACCGGAACCGGGAACACUUCCCAUAACACCCUAUGUACUUGCUACAUCAUUAGAAGAAUGGCAUCUACGCUAAUAUUUGUCUGUUUCUCUCUUAUUCCGAGGUCACCAUAGCCACCAGAUCCAGUCUGUGUCCAGAUCAGAGGGUCACUGCAGUCACCCGGAUCCAGUACGUAUCCAGACCAGAUGGUGGAUCAGCACCUAGAAAGGACCUCUACUGCCCUGAAAGACAGCGGAGACCAGGACAACUAGAGCCCCAGAUACAGAUCCCCUGUAAAGACCUUGUCUCAGAGGAGCACCAGGACAAGACCACAGGAAACAGAUGAUUCUUCUGCACAAUCUGACUUUGCUGCAGUCUGGAAUUUAACUACUGGUUUCGUCUGGUCAGAGGAGAACUGACCCCAACUGAGCCUGGUUUCUCCCAAGGUUUUUUUCUCCAUUCUGUCACCGAUGGAGUUUCGGUUCCUUGCCGCUGUCGCCUCUGGCUUGCUUAGUUGGGGUCACUUCAUCUACAGCGAUAUCGUUGACUUGAUUGCAAAUAAAUGCACAGACACUAUUUAACUGAACAGAUAUGACAUCACUGAAUUCAAUGAUGAACUGCCUUUAACUAGCAUUUUGCAUUAUUGACACACUGUUUUCCUAAUGAAUGUUGUUCAGUUGCUUUUUGUUUAAAGCGCUAUAUAAAUAAAGGUGACUUGACUUAG